UUAAGGACAAGGAUCUUUAGAAUUUCAUGUUUUAUACAGAUAAAGGUGGACAUCAAUUAAAGCAAAGUUUCCUUGUAGUUCUUGCAUUUGGUGUGUUCGGUCAUUACAAAUUCGGAUCAUAUUAUUUAAAUCAGACUGCUUUACCGGUAUGCUAAUAUAUUGAAUUAUGAGGACAGGAAAAAACAAGUAGGGUCCCACUACAAACUACGUUGAUUAAAUACGAAAACAAUUUGAUAAAACAGAGAAACCUUUGGAGUUGAACUCGAAGUCAACUGUUCUUUAGUUGGAGUUUCACGACAGGAGAUUUCAUAAGGAGAUGGGGAGAACUGGAACGUGGGAGCAGGUUGUUAUACUGUUUCCCUUACUGUUGCUGCUUCUGCAAGUAUAUACGCCGUGUUAUGCAAAGCCAAAACGAAGGUUUUGUGAGAGAUACCCGUUUGCUCCACCUUGCCUUGGGGUUGCGGCGAAGAGAAGUCCAUCAAAAUCGGACAUUUACGCAAAUUUAAUUAAUAAAGUACUGGAAGAGGCUUUAAAAGGUCGGUUGAACAAAGACAGCAUUGACCCGCGCGAUGCCUCUGUCGGUCCCGUAUAUGAGAAAAAGAGUUCCUCUCUAGAUAGACUGGCUUCACUUCUUGGGGCCAGCGAAAGGGACUCACAGACAGCAAGAUACACAGACACGCGCGAUGAUUGGAGCGACCAACUCGAAGACUUUGAAAGCGACGAUGGUCUUUAACCCGUGUGUUGCUGUAUACAUGCAUUGCAACAAAAGUAAUUCCUUACAAGUUCUAUUUAUUGACAGCGGGAUCGACAUGAUGUAAUUAUCUGGAAAUGCCAACAAGAAAAUAAUAUCUGCACUGAUUAUGUAAAUAUUUAUCAAUGUGCCGUUCCUUUAAAGUGAAUCUGACAUUCCUCAGAUUCGACACGUGGUGAAAUAAUUACCUACAAUGAAACGCCCUCGUGUAACGAAACUUUUAGGUUUGUUGAUUUAUUUGACAAUAUGUUUUGUCAUAAACAUAAGUGAACGAGACUUUGAAUAUGACUAGGUUUAUUUGUAAUUGGCAUAAGGCCUAACAAUCUGUAAUUUUAUUGGUCUUCUUCGGGAGUAUUGGUAUCAAGGACGAUUAUUUCUUAUUCUGACUCAAUUCAUUAAGGAAUAUUAAAAAAUUAAUGACACAAUUAAAUUAUUAUUUUGGAGAAUGAUCAAACUAUUCGUUAAUGGGUAAGGCUAAAUCUGAUUAACAACGAAAUAGAAAUGUUACUUAAACCAACACCUGAAAGAUGAGGGAAUUAUAUCAUGAUGUUUCUAUCAUUUUUCUGUUAAAGCGCUUCCUAUCAAUUUUUUUUUUAAACUACUGAUUGCAUUUCUCAAUGUGUAUUUAUUUAUUAAAUGUAUAUUAACAAAUUCAUUGUAUCUGUAAAAAUAUUGUAUUUAAUUGUUUGCAACAUUUGUAUACUUAGGACUUAUUUCGUUUUCUAUCUACUUUAUACAUGUAACAUUUUUUCUAUAAGGAAUUAUAUUAUGAUCCAAGAGUCUCUGUCCGUCUUAUUAGUGUUAUUUAUGUUAAAUCUUAUUGUCAAGAAAUAAAAUCAUUAUCAAUUAUCAAUUAAAUUUAAAAAUUAAAAUAUCAUUAUUUUAUAGAAGAAAAUCCUGAAGCCUACUAAUAAACAAAUAUUUGAUGUUAGUUUUACAAUAAAUCAAUAAACUAGAA